AUGGCUGACGAGGACUAUGAGAUGGACGGAGGAUACGAAGAUGAGCCAAUAGAGCCUGAGCUGGAUGAAGGGGCAGAGGUGGAGGAAGAGAACAAUAACAACGAGGAUGCUCCAGAUGCUUUUGAAGGUGAAGGGGAAGAUAAACAGGAGCAAGAACCAGUAGAACGCCCUCGGAAAACGUCCAAGUAUAUGACGAAAUACGAGCGUGCGAGGAUUUUGGGCACUCGUGCCUUGCAGAUUAGCAUGAAUGCUCCUGUCAUGGUUGAAUUGGAGGGUGAAACUGAUCCUCUUGAGAUUGCAAUGAAGGAACUGCGAGAGCGAAAGAUACCAUUCACUAUUCGUCGUUACCUACCUGAUGGAAGUUACGAAGAUUGGGGAGUUGAUGAAUUGAUUGUGGAAGACUCGUGGAAGAGACAAGUUGGAGGCGACUAA